AUGCGCUCCGUAUCCGAAGCCGAGAAGCACUGGCGCCUGCUCGACGACUUCCACUCUCUGACCGAUCUCAAGAUCCAUGUCUCCGCCCACAAGGAGCCCCAAAUCACCGCCGGACUCCGGUCAGUCUGCUGGAAAAUCUUUCUGGUCUUCAAGACGCUCGAUCGCUCCUCAUGGCCCGCCCACUUGACCCAAGCGCGCAAGACGUACGAGUCGCUGCGCUCGCAUUACCUCCGCCCCAUCCAGAACCCAAACGAGUUCGAGUCUACCGUCGAUCCACUGAGCGAGCUGUCAGAAUCCCCAUGGGUAGCGCUGCGAGCCGACGAAGAACUGCGCGCCGAAAUCUUCCAAGACAUUGAGCGAUGCAUGCCCGACAAUGUCUACUUUCGCCAGCCCGCCACCCAGAACAUGAUGCUGGACAUUUUGUUUGUCUGGUGCAAGAUGCAUCCCAACAUUGGCUAUCGUCAAGGCAUGCACGAGAUACUCGCCCCCGUGCUGUGGGUUGUCGAAAGAGACGCCGUCGACGUGGCUGGCCACAAGAUGGGCGCAAAGGACCAUACGCUUGUAGACAUGCUGCACUCUGCCUACAUUGAGCAUGACACGCACAUGCUCUUCUCCGUCAUCAUGCACACUGCAAAGCUCUUCUAUGCGCCCGCCGAUGCUGCUUCCACAUCCAAAGACUCGCCCAUGCUUGCUCGCAGCGCCAGAAUCUUCGAAGACUACCUGCCCAGGGUUGAUCCCGGCCUGCACAGCCAUCUUGUGAAGCUCGAUAUCGUCCCCCAGAUAUUCCUGCUACGCUGGAUACGCCUUUUGUUUGGCAGAGAAUUUCCCCUCGACGCCGUUUUUGACAUGUGGGAUGCCUUGUUUGCAAUCGACUCGACCCUGGAACUCGUCGACAUGAUUUCCGUGGCCAUGCUCCUGCGCAUCCGGUGGGAGCUGGCCGCCGCCGACACCAAUGAGGCCUUUGCUUUUCUGCUCAGAUAUCCGGACCCAGCCACCCCUCCCUACACCUUUAUCAAAGACGCCCUGUAUCUCCGCGAUCACCUGACCCAGCAAGGUGGCGCCGACAUUGUUACACGAUAUGGAAAAAAGGCACCCCCGAUCGAGGCUGAAACAAACUCGACUGCUCGCGCCUCUUCCCCAGCGCCCUCAUUCGUUUCAAGUCGAACGCGCAAUAGCCUGGGGUCACCCAGGAGCUUCGUCAGCCAGCAGGGUACUGGUCUCGAGGCCCUGAUACAGGGCGCUGCGAAGAAUGUACUGGACCGCGGCUCGCAAUGGAAUGUGGGCAAAGCCCUGCGUGACGCUGUGGGAGAGGUCAAGAAGAACGUCGAAGCCUACCAGUCAGGGGUCACUUCAGGGCAGGCGACUCCACGCUCUGGUGGGAGAGAGUUCCGGAAGCCCGCCCAGCCAGGUACCAAUGGGCGGUCGAGUUUUGACCAGGCGCAUUCAGUCAAGGUCAUGAAGAAAAUGGAAGAACUCGACCGAAGAAAUAAGAGCCUGGCCAAGAUGCUGGAAGCAGCAGUAGGCGAUUUGUGGGAGUAUCACCGGGAACGUGAUGAGGCGCAAAGAGGCAAAGACGACGACAAGGCCAAGGACGGCAUUGAAGCACUCAGCCUUGCCAUUGCAAAGGUGCAGUUUGUGCAGGUAUACCUAGAAGACUCGUCGAUACCACUCCCCGUCGAUGACGCAACAGAGCAGGCGUCGACGGCCCAGGCCACAGCCACCCUGGCGUCUCCAGUCGCUCAGCCUGUAGCGCAGCCGGAGCAGCCUUCUAGCGCCGGGCCCGCCUCAGCGACGACAACCCCUCAGCCCGCCACGCCCUUGACAGCAACGUCACACAACCCUUCACCCCUCGCCUCCCGCCCGGCAUCGCCCCCAGCCCGCGCAUUGCCACCCCCAUCCAAGCUCGGGUCCACUCUCUCUCCAAAGUCACGGCCGCAGCUCACCUCUUCCAACUUUUCUUGGAUGCUAGGCGAGGACUCGGCAUCCUCCAACUUUGCCUCGAGCGCAGCACACUCUACCUUUUCCUCUGACGAGAAGAGACGGAUGAAGGGCAAAGGCUUCUUGUUUGGCGAUGACGACGACGACGAGAUUAGUACCAAGGAUAUCAAGAGAGGGAGCGGCAGUGGCAAGAACGCAAAGGGCAAACACGUGCCAGAGGCGGAGGUGGAAGAGGAGGUGAUUGAUCUCGCCAACAUGGGCAAAAGAGGUGUAAUCUGA